AGAGAAAUGAACCCUUCGCACACAACACCCAUUUCCAUUUGAUUCGAAUCAAUUAAAUCUCAUCAUCUUCUCUCUCUCCUCUGAAAUCAAUUGGAUUUCAACAAUGGCGAGCCGCAGAUUCAUGGAAGGAUUCUACAGUGUUUUCAUGCGCCGCACCUCCGUCUACGUCACUUUCCUCAUCGCCGGCACUUUCCUCGCCGAACGGGGAGUUGACUACGGAAUCCACAAGCUAUGGGAAAGCAAUAAUGUUGGGAAACGAUAUGAAGACAUUUCAGUGUUGGGACAAAGGCCAGCCGAGUAAAUUUCCCUUGAAUUAUUUUCUUUAUGUAUUGUGGUUUCAUCGAGUCCAUGAAAACAUGAUCUAUUGAUCUCUCAAUAAUAGAGUAACUAUAUAGUUUUGAACUAUAUAAUUUGGAUAUAUUUGGUUGUAAUUUUUGAACUCAUGGAUCCUCUGACCUUUAGAUUUCACUUAAACAUUAAGAUAUGGUCACAGUAUCAAGAAGCAAGUUUUUCA